AUGCAAGCAAACGUUACAAUGAAGUUUUUAUUUCACUGCUUUAGAAAGAAACAUGAUGAUAUAUGUGAAUAUUUAAAUUUUGCUGACAUCAAUGUCCCGAUGAUGAUGAUGAUGAUGAUGCACUUGUUCAUUGAAAUGAAAAUUCGUUGUGAAAAAAUACUGAACAAUAACAACAAUCAACAUGAGUUAAAAGAAAAUCCUGUUAGAGCAUUCAACUAG